UCAUUUUUCUUUCUUGUACUCUUCACAGACACAUACGCCUUCCUUUUGCUGGUCAAUCGGUUGCUCAUUUUUGUUUUCAUAUCAAAGAACACCCCCCUUGUACAGUCAUUAAAAAUACCCACUCUCAACAACAACAAUCCCAAAAUGCUAUCAUCAAUUUUGUACCUUGCUAGCCUCGUCUAUGUCUUUUGCAACGUUGUCAUCGCCGCACCGCUCAAGUUCCAACAGCAACAGCAACAACAGCAACAAGACGAUUGGCCCUUGUCAAAUGCCGUCAUGAUCCGCGACACGAUCGAAGGCUUCUACGAAACGGUUGUCGACGAUGUCUUGAGCGCGCAUACAGAAGACCUCUUGGUCAUGCUGACACAUUCUCCACGUACCAAGAAAUCCAAAUUGCUCCAAUCCCAAGCAACCACGCUGCGCGGGUCACCAUUGCAAGGUAAAAAUAAUAUGAUUUUUGUUUUGUGCACUUGCAUCUUCACCUCCUUAUUUAUUACUGCUUCAACCCUUUUCCUACCCCUUUGCCGAACUCUAUUUACUUACAACAUGCACUUCUUUGUUAUUACAGAUGGAUGUCUUGUUAAGAUGCCUGGAUACAUUGGAAACCACCUCCACCAAUUAAAUGCACGCGUGUUUGGCGCCAUCCGAGGUGUUGUAGGCGAAGCACUGCCAGCAGUGUGGCCCGACUACGACGCUCUCGAGGCUACCUUGAUGACGACCGAUGCACCGCCACCUGUACCACAACACCAAAUCGCUUCGGCGCUGUACUCCCUUAACCUUGCGGUGGGACACCGCCUCACACAGGUCUUUGAAGACUUUGACCUGCUAAAUCGCCUUCGCCACGAUCUCGCUGCUUGUGAUGAAGCUAUUGCCGAUGCCGUCGAAGACGAGAACAACAACAGCGGCCUCCAGUUACUGACAACCAAAGUGAGCAUGACCGACUAUAUCAUCAAUGCUGGCCACCGAUUCCUCCACCGUGUUUUCUGGAUGCAAGGCUGCAACAAGUUCGAUAAUGACGCCCGGUUCUUGGAAACCUGGCUCAGAGCUGCUCGAGCGGAUUUGCGAUCCGAGCUGGAGUCCCGAGUAGGCGAUCUCAUCAUGACCAUCUACAACGACUUGUAUGAUGAAGAAAUCUCUAGUGACUUUUAGAGAAAAACCAAAAAGCUUCCUGUGUUUUGUUAUCAUGCCUUUGUAGAAAAAUUUUAAAGUUGUAGCAGAUGGGGGAGUAUAAGUGCCCGUACUCGUAACAAUGGUGCUUUGUGUACAUAUCUUCAAAAAUAUAUAAAAAACCACAACCUUUCAAUGAAAGAGAUGAUCAUCAUCACCAC